CGGGCUCAUUAUUUACGAUGUGUCGCGCGCGGGGAUUCCGCGCCGUGGGAUUUGGCGGCCGCGCGUGAAGGGAGGGACCCUUCCCUGUCGAAGUGUCUUUAAAGAUCCGCGCUCGUAGCGAAGACCUCCGAAGCACCGACCGACAAAUGAGCGCAGCGGCGGCGGACGUGCUCAGAUCGCCGAGCGGACGAGAGCCGAGCGCCGGACCGCUUCGCGACCCCCGGCCGCUGGACCUGAGUCCCCGACUCAUGGACACUCCCGAGUUUGUGAGGCUCAACAUGGAGCUGACGAACGCCGACGCGCCCGCGGGGGUCGUCCACUACGACGGCAAGGCGGGCGACUUCGCGUACCACCCCUACCACGGCGUGAAGGAGGAGCGGCCGAUGGUGCACGGCUUCCUCACCCGCGACCUGAGCCCCAUCGACUUCUACAAGCAGUCCCCUCCCUCCACGCCCGAGUCCAUUGACUCGCUGCAGCCGUCGCUGUGGGACGAGCAGGGCGGCUCGCACGUCCAGUACAGCCUCACCAACCUCGCCAGCGUGGAGAGGAAGCCGGCGCCGCACACGAUGGGCUUCAAGCAGCUGCCCGUGCCGUGCACCAUCCCCUCCCCGCCGGGCAUGAAGAUCUACCUGCCACCCCAUCCCGGCGACUCGGAAUCGUUUUACAGGCAAGGGAUGCCGGGGUACGGCUUCGCGAGGCCCAUCGCGGCCGAAAGGCGCCCCCACUUCUUGACGAAAUUCCCCAUGCCGCCGGACUCUGACCACGGCCCGCCCCAGGCCGCCGGCCCCCUGCAAGACCCGGAGGCAUCGCCCCCGGUCAAGAGGCGACUUCACCCCGGCAUGGACGCCCUGCCGGUGGGACGGGCCAUGCCGGGGUACCCGAUGGCCCUGUCGCACUUGGAGCACACCCUCGGCAGGAUGCGGCCACUCGCCGAAUGUCCCUCCGCCGUGAAAAUGGCAGGCUUCCACCCGAGCCCGGCUUCGCAGCGCCACUACGAGCCGGCCCACUACGCCGGGCCGUUCCACGACGGCGGAGACUUUGGUAUCGAGCGGCAGCACCUGCUGCAGCAGCAGCAGCAGCAUCAGCAUCAGCAUUUGCCAGAUUCCUGCACUCCAGACUUUGGCAGAGGAGUCCCCCGGCUCGGCUCCUCUCGGUCGGCCAUGCCGACGAUGAUGCCUCCGGUUGGCGAAUCUCCGCCGGCGGCCGAGGGCAUGUGCGCCGUGUGUGGAGACAACGCGGCGUGCCAGCACUACGGCGUGCGCACCUGCGAAGGCUGCAAGGGCUUCUUCAAGAGGACGGUGCAGAAGGACGCCAAGUACGUGUGCCUGGCCAACAGGAACUGCCCCGUGGACAAGCGUCGGCGCAACCGCUGCCAGUACUGCCGCUACCAGAAGUGCCUCACCGUGGGCAUGAUCAAAGAAGUGGUGCGCACGGACAACCUGAAGGGCAGGAGGGGCCGACUGCCCUCCAAGCCGAAGGGCCCGGCGCCGACGGCAGAGAAGGGCGCGCCGCGGCAGCCCCCCUACGACAGCUACCUGCAGGAGCUGGUGCAAGCGCACGUCGAGGUCUGGCCGGCCACUUCUCAGCUCGACUUCUCACAGAUGAACCCGAUGAGCGAGCGCUCCAAGGUGCCCCUGGACUCGGAGCACGUCCACCACUUCUACGAGCUGCUCUCGGGCUCCGUGCAGAUUUCGCGAGACUGGGCCGCCCGCCUGCCCAGCUUCCAGGAGCUGCCCGGCUGCGACCGCGAGCUGCUGCUCAGCUCCUCCUACCUGGAGCUCUUCCUGCUCAGGCUCGCCUACAGGUCAAACCCGAAGGAGGAGCGCCUGGUGUUCUGCACGGGGUUGGCGCUGCACCUCAGCCAGUGCGUGCGCGUGUUUGGCGAGUGGCUCUACAGCAUCCUGAGCUUCUCCGACACGCUGCAGGCGCUCGAGCCGGACAUCGCCACCGUGGCCUGCCUGUCCGCGGCCGUCCUCUUCGGCGAGCGACGUGGCCUGCGGCAUCCCAAGCGGGUGGAGGAGCUGAGAAACAAGGUGCAGCGCAUCCUGCGCGAGCACCUGGACUCGCUGGGAGCGAGGCCGGCCAAGGUGAGGCAACUCUUGAGUCAGCCCGGCCUCCUGCACUCGCUCAGCAUGAUGGGCCUGCAGCGCAUCUUCUACCUCAAGAUGGAAGACCUCGUGCAGACGCCCGACUUUGUGGAUAACUUAUUCAAGGAUUCGCUACCUUUCUGAGUGUGCGUGCGUGCGUGCGUGCCUUAGCGCACGAAUGUUUGUAUUUUGUGUGUAGUGUGCCGGGUGUUUGUGCUUGGUGUGGAGUAUGUGUGUGUGUUUGUUUGUUGAACUUCUUUUGCACCGUACGUGCUCAUUGGAGGUGCGGGGGAAGGACAACAAACUAAACACAAAAUUCAGUUCUAAAGAAAUUAGUUUCCAGUCUAGAUUCAAAAGUUGCUUAACUCCAGUGGCUUCGUAAUAUUGGAAGAGCGUUCCAGACGGCAGUUGCUGAUUCAGUAGGUAAACGUGAGAAUAAAUGAACCUGUAGAGACAACUAACUAAAAAGUAGUACAAUGUAGAAAUGCCCCCUUUGCUCGUUUUUGUUGCAUUAAAUUUUGACUUUGGCUCCACGAUGGAGGACUUUGGAACCACAAUGAAGCGUGCGCAGCAUAUGUUUGUUUGGCUGUAAAAAAAAUACAUAUAUAAAAUAAAAUCCUGACACUGCGCUUGUGCCAGGGUCACAACCGUAUUGGAAGAAAAUCUCCCCGUUGCUGAAUUACCAGAUGGCUCCUUUGUGAAAUCUUACGAGGAUUAGGAUCUCCCUGUUGCCGAGAUGAUGAUGAUGAUGAUCCUUAUGGUGGGAAACAGCCGUGAGGCAAUGCAUGGCGCAAGAAUGAAUAUGUCUGUAAAUUAUGGGUAGGUUGAUAUUAUUAUUAUUGUUGUUGUUAUUUUAAAAAUAUUUUUUUACGGAGCAGCACUUAUAAAUGCACUGGCGUCAUCGCUGCAGCAGUGGGAAAAUAGCCCCGGCAUCAAAGCGUCCUCUUCCCAAAGGGAUCGCCUGGCCACACUACAGUCCGCACGUGCUGCCAAUGGCUCAGCGGACAUUGAGUUGCACUGCAGGUUCGGACCUCUGCUCGCUCGCCUCAUCCAAGCGCAGCGUGCACAACGCACAGCACUGCAAUACCACUGCGACUGCGAGUCGAACGACGCUUUUUAAUACCAUUUGCGCCGUGUAUUGAAAAGGCGUUGCUGAGGACAGACACGGCUCCGCUGUGCUCCUGUUCAAACGAGGAUUCAGUAACGCGAGGGCGACGUAUUUUGGUAUCUCUCGCCGAACGAACCUUGGCUCGAUUCAGAAUCGGAAAUCUGUAUUUAGCCCGGAGGAAUCCGAUGAGCUAUGAAUCUCUUUUUCACACAGAUGUCCAGUACCGGGGCGGCUCAGUAAGUUAUAACCGCAAACAAUUUUUAAAAAACACGAUAGGAGUGCUAAAAGAGAAAAAUUCCCACACCCGUUCACCACGCUCGGUGUAGCGUAUUACUUUACGAUGCCUUUCGUUACGCCUCAACAAUUUAGUUUUGGUGAAUUCGGUUUUUUUUGUUGCGCCAGUAAAGAACGUGUCUUAUUUACUCGUUAAUUUAUGAAUGUGAUACUUAUUUUUAAGAAGCAAUUGUAUGCCGUUUUUUUUUUAUUGAAUAUGGCAGUUUUGGGGAAAGGUUGUGUGUAAAUCUUCACGCGAUGCAAACAUAUCUGGGUAGUCGACACAGAAGAAAGCCAGUCGUGUUGGAGUCAUGUUGGGGGUAAAUAUUCACAAACAGCUGAUCCCCCCCCCCCCCCCCCCCCCACCGUUCAGAAAAUUAUCUUCACGGACAUUCGCAAUGCGCAGUGUUCGUUCCUGUGUGGCAGCGCGUGCCGACAUUGUGUACGAGUCGAGACGACCGGUGUUAAUGGAUAUAUAUAUGAGCCGCCUUUGUUUUGGAGAGACCUAUCAGGAGAGGCAGGGAUGUACGUACGUGCAUUGAACUUCUUUCGCCCCGUCCGUGCGUUGAACUUUUUUCGGACCGUGCGUAGCCAACCGUGUGUAGAGUCCACACGUAAAUCCCCGACUACUCGUUUUUAUUUAGUUUUUGUUUUGUCGAGUAGAGUAAAACAUCGUAAGCUGCCCGUACCCUCUGUACAUUUGAGCGUGGAUCGUGGAUUUGAACGUGCGUUUGCUUUAAAGGUCAUGGCCCCUCGCGGUUCGGCGUCUCUUGGUGUAUCGUGUAACGUAGGGGGCUCGUGCAUGCAAGGGACUUAUUUUCGUAGUGCCUUAUUGUAAAGAAAAUAAUUACAAUAUAUCGUAAAACGUUUCUGGUGUUGAGGGUUUGUUGUGCGUUCACGUGACUGUACAUAAAUAUGUAAAUUAAUGUCGUAAGAAAAAUGUGGAAUAAAAGUCAAGGAUUUUAAUAAAGAUGUAUCGGUGUACAGCGAAUGAAACUAAAGAGUUCCUUCCAGGGGAUGAAUUGACUUAAGAUGAAUUUACCUAAAAUGAAUGCCAUGUGAAAACAUUCGGGUUAAAUCACCUUGGCUCUGUUUCUCGUAGAACACAACACUAUUUAGUUCCAUGUCUGUAAUGUAUAUGCAUAAACGUUAUUAAUAUUAAAAUAUACCGAAUACGGAGAAUGCCCAUUACAGCCUCUAUUUCUUAUGCUGGAGUCUGUACGAUUGAGUUAUCGGGACAUAAAGCAGACGCAAGACGAAGGAAAUCACUUAAAUGUGACCACCUACAGUACAGCGUUACGAAUGCAACGUGACGCAUCCAACUUGCGGGUUAUCCAAACACAAAAAAUAUUCCACUGUUUGUGAACUGAAUCCAGAAGUUUCAGAACACGAACGUAUUUAUUUGGUUGUUGUUUUUUAAGUGAACCCCGAUUAAUUAAUGGA